AUGACCAGACUGGCCUUUCUCUUUUCAUUGCUGCCAGUAGCGCUAGCCUUCUCCGAUACUUUUCCUAUUAUUGCUUGGUCAUCUCAUUCCUCAAAUGUGCUCAGCCGUCUUCCAAGUAGUACACAUUCAACGGACCUGUUCAAGACUAUUUUGCUGAACGAUGAAAUAUGUGUACAUGAGGCAGUGAUUGUAGUCGACCAGCCAGGACUGCAUGCUUCCGACCUACGAAACCUACCUUCAAAUUCUCAUAUCGCACGGUCCCUAAAUUCUUCGACGUCGUCGCGCCAGUAUCCAUAUGUUCGCCAUGAUGACUACUCAUCAUCAGGAGACCUCAUCACAUUCGCCCAGUCCGUCUCUGAGAGAUGCAAUGCGCGUCUCGUCAGUCUGACCCCUGGGUAUGGCGAUACCUCAUUGAAUGCAGGAGAGAAGGCGGUUGUCGUUGUAAGUCUUCCAGAGCUCUCGGUUGAAGGGUACGCAAGGAAGAACAGUAUGUUGAGACGUGGUACAUCCUCUCAUCUUCAAGUGCUUGUAAGCGCCCUUAAACUUUGCUUUACAGAUGACCUCCUGGAAUUGACAUUAUCCGCUCUACCAUACUCUCAGCACCUAACUAUAUACAGCACUUCUGUCCUCCCCGUGCACCGCAAGCGCCAGUCUCCUGACAGCCCGUCUGUCUUGGACCUUCCUUUAACAAACUCGCUGGCGCCUCCGAAAGGAGGAAUUCUUGCACGUUACCAGCUCCUCACCCCAGGCCUCAUUCUUGUCCUCCUCAUUGUCGUAGGAGUUCUGUUGCCCAUCAUCUAUUUUGGUAUCAAGGCUUUGGCAAGCAUCCAGAGUCCCGUUCGCAUGGACGCCCCCAAGGGAUUUAAUGCUGCUGAUAAGAAAAACCAGUAA